AUGGCGCUGUAGGGUAAACCGGAAUAAGGUUUUGUUUACACACGAGAAACUUGACAAUUAUUAUAAUAUAUCCCUCAAGAUUUGUACUGUCAUACUUUUUAAGGGGUAUAUGUUAGUAGAAACUAUUUUAAAAACAUGUUAGAUUAAAGAUGUAGCAGAAAUGGAAGAUGGAAAAACUUAAGGAAGCAGCUGAGUAUGCAGAGUACAUUAUUCAGAAGGUUAAACAGAAUCCAGGAGCCUUUGUUAAUCCAGAUAUACCACCAGGCAGUAAGGGAAAAUCAAUUCAUCAGAAAUUAUCAGAUUUAUAUUUAGAAGAGAAAGCUAAAGACACGGAUGACUCUGGCCAGCUCCAUGCUUCACGUCUUUUAGGAAAGUUGGUAAAGCGUGAUAAAUUAGAAUGUUUGGUGUUAAAUCUGUUUGCUGGAAAUGAAGGGUAUUCGUUGAUGAUCAAAGGAAGAAAUGGAAUAGAGGCAGAAACACUUAAAUUACCAUAUGAGGCUUCAGAGUUUCUGGAAUAUGUAGAUUCUUCAGAACUUCCACCAUUCCUUGUAGAUUUACUUGAAAGAGCACAGGUAAAUGUGUUCUACAGUGGCAGUGUGAUACUAGAAGUUCGUGAUUACCGUAGAGCUAAUGAUGGGAGAUAUGAUACAGAUUAUGUAUUAUUGAAGCCUACAUCACAGUCUUUGUUGGCUGAUAUUUAUAACCUAAGCAGUGAUGGACAUAGAUGGACACAAGAUGAUCUGUUUACAUUAGAAAGUCAGUUGCUAUUGGCAACAGAAGAGCCAAUAUGUUUGGAUCCAUCUCCCGCUGUUCAUCUUGUUGCCAAUAGACUCCAAUAUGAAAAAAAAGUUCUUGAUACUCCAAUGAUUAAAAGAUCUGUUAAAAAAUUUACACAAGCAGCAAUUAACAGAAAACGAAAAUUUGAGCAAGCUGAAGCGCCAAAAGAAUUACGUCUUUAUGACUUUGUACACAAGAAACGUGUGAGGUCACAUCCACAUGUCAACCUGAAGGUUGGAAAAGCUCAUGUUGACAUGUGGAAACAAAAGUUAGUUCAGCUAUCUACACCAGAAACUGUGGAGGUUGAGAAGUAUGCAACAGUAAUGGAGUCACCAGAUAAUGUAGCUGAUAAUGAUUUGGAUCUUGUAGAAGAGCAGAUGUUAGAAAGGGGAACAAAUCAAGAAAAGAAAUUAUUGGCCAAACUAUCUAUAUUAAAACGUAAAUCUGAUCAUGUAUAUUAUGGAGAAUUAUACAUAGAUCAUGAUCAUAAAGAAGGUUCUCAUGGUUCAUCUUGUACCUUCAUGUUGGGAUCAAAGGGCAAUGUUGACAAAUACCUUCAGCAGUUUAAGGAAAUCUUCACAGAAGAAGGUAGAUUAGCUGUAAAAAUAACGAAACAGAUUCCUGGUCAGCCUGCUGUUAUAGAGUACACCCAGACAUCAUCUACCAGUUCUGGAAUAACUAAUAUAAGUGCUUCAGCUGUCUUAGGGACACACCAUCCUAGCUCUAGUGCUGCAGGGGUAGAACAUGCUGCUGCUCCAGGUUUACUGAUGGCCAAGAGAAAUGUACCAAUACAAUUAUCACUUACCCUGGCUCCUGCUGGAACAAAUGCACAAACAGGGAACCAGUUACAACUUAACAUACAGAAACAAACUGUUAGUACUCAGUCUCAAAUGUUUUCUCAGAGAAACAAAUUUUCUACAGCACCCAGUUCUCAGAGAUCAGCUUCCAACACGCCAAAUCAGAGUCCAGCAACGACACCCACAUCAGCUACAGUUCAGAGUCAACUCUUCCCACAUCACUUGACCAACAAUUCAUCUAAAUCACACCUGUUCAUUUCAUCACCUCCAUCGAUGUCAACAGUUACCACAGCAACUAUCUCCAAGAAAUCAAGUCAUACAACAGAAGUUGGUAAUCAAGGUCAAGUACAGUCUGGUACUGCAGGAAACAUAGCAUUUGUACAAAGUGGUGAAAACAGUCAAGGGCAGACAAACCAACCACAAGGUCUGACUAGUAUCAACUUUAGUGGACUUCCACCUAACAUCAACAUUCAGAAUAUAACAGGUCUGUCAGGAAUCAAUAUUGCCAACCUUCAAGGACUACAGAACCUCCAGAUGUCUAAUAUAGCUGUACCUGUACCAAUAUCUCUUGUCAGCUCUAAUGCUGGGGUGCUCCAGAAUCAAGGAGGAAUAUUUGUCAGUUCAAUUCCUGGUUUAGUGACAGUAUCUAGCAGUGCACCAACAACAUUAUCACAAAUAAAGCAGGCCAGCAGUGUGUCCUCAGCAGCUCCUAGUAUUGUGACAUUUGUAACAGCAUUACCUAGUUCUGUGUCCAGUAGUGUGGUCAACACAACAUCAGGUUCAACAGCACCAACUUCUACAGGGAUGCUGUCAGUUUCUAUAGCAAGUUUGGCUCCUCUUGUCAGUGCUGGAAUGAGAACACAAUCUGGAUCUGGAAUCAGAACAAAUUCUCUCCCCUUAUUACAGAUCCAAGGUCAGCCAGGUGGAUUACAGCUUCUUGGACUUCAACAACAAAGAGCCCCACUUAAACCAGGAACAGCUACUCUUGCUACACAAUCAGCUGGUCAAAUACAUAUUGGAGGCAAAAAUGCGACAAGUAUCCCUAGUUCAGGUGUUCUGACAGCACAGACAAUAGGUGGUCACCAAGUUGCGCUGUCUCAGUUAAAGCCUGGUCAGCCACAACAAGCUGGAGGUCAAAUUCCACAGCAACUGAUGUUACAACAGAUUCAACGACAACAAUUCCAGCUGCAGCCAUUCCAAAUUAAACCACCAUCAACACCAGUUACAUCAGUAGGAGCUAACUUAAAACCCAAAAGUAAAAAGAGGACAACCCCAACACCGCCAAAACAUUAAUAUGACAUUGUGAAUGACUUAUUUCUGUGUAUGGUAUUUGUCUGAAGCCCUUGUGGUCUUGUUAUUAUUGUGAAGGUCAUUCUAUAUGUUUAUAAAUGACCUUGCAAUAAAAUAUACAAGUUUAGUGAGUUGUGACAUUAUGAGUCAUAUAAAGCAUGUAAAAAUAGAAAUUUAGAUUGUGGAUUUUAAAAUUAUACAUACAGUUUUGUAUUAAAUAUAGAAAAUGUAUGAAUGAAAAUUCUGUAUGAAAUAUGACUGAAGUUUUUUUUUAUUAAUGCUUGAUUAUGGAUAAAAUUGAUGAAUGUUUGUGCAGUUUUUUUUAAAGAGAUAUUAUAUAUAUAUAUAGGUAGAAAUUUAGGAUUGAAAUUUUUAUUGUUUAUAAACAUGUACUAUUUAGGAACAAUUUACAUGAUGAUGAAGUAUUUUAUAUGAAUAAAAUAAAUACCAUAAAAGAAA